AUGGAGAGCGAGAGAACGGGCGAGAAGCAAAGAAAAAUGGAAUAAACAAAAAAUAAAAAACAAAAUCGUAAAAGGGGAAAGAUGCAAAAAUGAUGAAUCUAUCCACGGUAAUAGCGUAUGGAUGCCGCUAUUGUACGCCCCCAAUAAAGCAACUCUUAAACUGCACAACCCUCCUUCAUCUUCCUCACCAUCACCAUCUUCGUCUUCAACGACGCUCCCCUUCUUCCAUCUUGUAUUCUUCUUUUAACAAUCUUAAGCUAGCUAACUUCAGUCUUCUCCUCACGGGUAACUCUCUCUUCUUCAGGAUGGAGCGCUUCUGGAGUGGAAAUGGGAUCAAUAAAAACAAACAAAUGGUGGAGCAUUUGCAGCAUUAUGGAGUGAUUUCAUCCAAGAAGGUUGCUGAAGUAAUGGAGACAGUUGAUAGGGCAUUUUUUGUUCCAGAUGGGACCCCACCUUAUGUUGAUAGUCCCAUGGCAAUAGGUUACAAUGCCACCAUUUCUGCACCUCAUAUGCAUGCUACCUGCCUUCAGUUAUUGGAGGAAAAUUUGCAGCCUGGCAUGCGCGCUUUAGAUGUUGGCUCAGGAACUGGGUACUUGACUGCUUGCUUUGCGGUAAUGGUUGGACGACAAGGUCGUGCUGUUGGUGUGGAACAUAUUCCUGAAUUGGUUGCUUCUUCCAUAGAAAAUAUUAAAAAAAGUGCUGCAGCUCCAUUAUUAAAAGAAGGCUCUCUUUCAGUGCAUGCUGGGGAUGGACGACAAGGCUGGCCAGAAUGUGCACCCUAUGAUGCUAUACAUGUUGGGGCAGCAGCACCUGAAAUACCUCAGCCCCUCCUUGACCAAUUGAAGCCUGGUGGCAGAAUGGUGAUUCCUGUAGGAAAUGUAUUCCAAGAUUUGAAAGUAGUGGACAAAAAUUUGGAUGGUUCAAUUAGCAUUCGUGGUGAGACUUCUGUCCGUUAUGUUCCUUUGACCAGCCGUGAUGCUCAGUUGAGGGGUUAUUGAGUUUGAAAAUGUAUCUCUUACUUGGGUUAUUUGAAAGUCGAUCAUUGUAUAGAAGGGUUGGUCGUUCUUGAAUCCAGUGUCUUACAGACUAUCAUCGUUAAAUAUUUCGUUUUCCAGACCUGCGCCUCUGUAUAGAUGGUUUGUGUUUGGACUUGAAUAAUAAGUAAAUGCAAGGUCCAGUUAACGUAAUCCGUGUCCAGGAAGCAGUCAGUAGCUGAUUCUAGAGAGAUGAAAAUUGGUUACAUGAUUUUUUUCA